CCGCCAAACUGCCGUGGGCCGGAAGUCGGGAGCACCUCCAUCGAGGGGGUGGCUGAAGGACGUCUCUGCUCGCCUGCACGCUGGACGCGCCCGGGAGAGACGCUCCGUCCCCCCACCGCUGCGCAGUGGAAUCUUCUGGGGGGCGGGGCCAUAUGAAAGCGCUGCUCUAAUUGGUCCGACGUCCUCGUCGGCGGGACCUCCCGGAGCUACUGGCGCGAAAUCUGCAGGCGACUCUGGGACGGAGUGGGAGCGCUCGUUACCUGGCCCCGGUAGUCCGAGCGCCAUGUCGUCCCCGGCGUCCACCCCGAGCCGCCGAGGGAGCCGACGCGGACGCACCACUCCCGCGCAGACACCUCGCAGUGAGGAUGCCAGGUCUUCGCCCUCUCAGAGAAGAAGAGGGGAGGAGUCAACCUCCACAGGGGAGCUGCAGCCCAUGCCCACCUCCCCUGGAGCUGACCUGCAGAGUCCAGCCACUCAGGAUGCUCUGUUUUCCAGCCCUCCUCCCAUGCAUCCUUCAAACAUUCCUCUGGACUUUGAUGUUAGCUCUCCACUGACCUACGGUACUCCCAGCUCAAGGGUAGAGGGAACCCCAAGGAGUGGUGUUAGAGGCACCCCAGUAAGGCAGAGACCGGACCUGGGUUCUGCAAGGAAGGGUCUACAGGUGGACUUGCAGUCUGAUGGGCCGGCAGCAGAAGAUAUAGUGGCAAGUGAGCAGUCUCUAGGCCAAAAACUGGUGAUUUGGGGAACAGAUGUAAAUGUGGCAACAUGCAAAGAAACUUUUCAGAGAUUUCUUCAGCAGUUUACUGAUCCUUUGGCUAAGGAAGAAGAAAAUAAUGGCAUUGAUAUCACUGCUCCGGUUUACAUGCAGCGACUUGCAGAGAUUAAUGUUAUUGGGGAGCCAUUUUUGAAUGUGAACUGUGAGCACAUACAGUCAUUUGACAAAAAUCUGUACAGACAGCUCAUCUGCUAUCCACAGGAAGUUAUUCCAACUUUUGACAUGGCUGUCAAUGAGAUCUUCUUUGAGCGUUACCCUGACUCAAUCUUGGAACAUCAGAUUCAAGUAAGACCAUUCAACGCAUUAAAGACAAAGAACAUGAGAAACCUGAAUCCAGAAGACAUUGACCAGCUGAUAACCAUCAGUGGCAUGGUAAUCAGGACAUCCCAGCUGAUCCCCGAGAUGCAGGAAGCCUUCUUUCAGUGCCAGGUGUGUGCACACUCAACCCGUGUGGAGAUCGACCGAGGCCGCAUCGCCGAGCCCUGUGUGUGUGAGCGCUGCCAUACCACCCACAGUAUGGCGCUCAUCCACAACCGUUCCGUGUUCUCCGACAAGCAGAUGAUCAAACUUCAAGAGUCUCCUGAAGAUAUGCCUGCAGGACAAACACCUCAUACUGUGGUCCUUUUUGCUCACAAUGACCUUGUGGACAAAGUGCAACCUGGAGACAGAGUGAAUGUCACUGGCAUCUACCGAGCUGUUCCUAUUCGCAUCAAUCCAAGAGUGAGCAAUGUCAAAUCUGUCUACAAAACCCACAUUGAUGUCAUUCAUUAUCGGAAAACGGAUGCAAAGCGCCUGCAUGGCCUUGAUGAAGAAGCAGAACAGAAACUCUUUUCCGAGAAGCGUGUGGAAUUACUUAAGGAACUUUCCAGAAAACCAGACAUUUAUGAGAGACUUGCUUCAGCCUUGGCACCAAGCAUUUAUGAACAUGAAGAUAUAAAGAAGGGAAUCUUGCUUCAACUCUUCGGUGGAACAAGAAAGGAUUUCAGUCACACAGGAAGGGGCAAAUUUCGCGCUGAGAUCAACAUCCUGCUCUGUGGUGACCCUGGGACCAGUAAGUCCCAGCUGCUGCAGUAUGUGUACAACCUGGUCCCCAGGGGCCAGUACACCUCUGGGAAAGGCUCCAGUGCUGUCGGCCUCACAGCAUAUGUCAUGAAAGACCCUGAGACAAGGCAACUGGUCCUGCAGACUGGUGCCCUGGUAUUGAGUGACAAUGGCAUCUGCUGCAUUGACGAGUUUGACAAGAUGAAUGAAAGCACGAGAUCAGUGUUGCAUGAAGUCAUGGAGCAGCAAACUCUUUCUAUUGCAAAGGCUGGGAUUAUUUGUCAACUCAAUGCGCGUACUUCUGUCCUAGCAGCAGCAAAUCCUAUCGAGUCUCAGUGGAAUCCCAAAAAAACUACCAUUGAAAAUAUCCAGUUACCUCACACCUUAUUAUCAAGGUUUGAUUUGAUCUUUCUCAUGCUGGACCCUCAGGAUGAGGCCUAUGACAGGCGUCUGGCUCACCACCUCGUGGCGCUGUACUAUCAAAGCGAGGAGCAGGUGGAGGAGGAGUUCAUGGACAUGGCAGUGCUCAAGGACUAUAUUGCUUACGCCCACAGCAUGGUCAUGCCUCGCCUGAGCCAGGAGGCCAGCCAGGCUCUCAUUGAGGCUUAUGUGGACAUGAGGAAGAUUGGAAGUAGCCGAGGAAUGGUUUCUGCAUACCCUCGACAGUUGGAAUCCCUGAUCCGCUUGGCAGAAGCCCAUGCCAAAGUGCGAUUUUCAAAUAAAGUCGAGGCAAUUGAUGUUGAAGAGGCCAAACGCCUCCAUCGGGAGGCCCUAAAGCAGUCUGCAACUGACCCUCGGACUGGCAUCGUGGACAUAUCUAUUCUCACUACAGGAAUGAGUGCCACUUCUCGUAAACGGAAAGAAGAGUUAGCAGAAGCAUUGAAAAAGCUUAUUUUAUCUAAGGGUAAAACACCAGCUCUGAAAUACCAGCAACUUUUUGAAGACAUCCGAGCACAGUCUGACAUAGCAAUCACUAAAGAUAUGUUCGAAGAAGCACUGCGUGCCUUGGCUGAUGAUGACUUCCUGACAGUCACUGGGAAGACCGUCCGCCUGCUUUGAGAUUGUGCAUGUCUCCUGUGGACACAGUGCCUGCUUGCUGUAUAUGUGCCAUAUCAAACCAGCCCGUUCUAUGGCUCCCAUUGGUGGAACCCAGACCUUCCUGUCUUUACUUAGCCCAGCAUAUUUCUCCUAACCUAGGUUCAAUUUUCGUAGUGAAGUGUAUAUUUUUCUCAAUUAAAACAUUAUGUCCUCAAAACACUCUUUGUCAAUUCAGAAACAUGUACAGUUAUGAUAUUCUUUUGUGUGUAUGAACAUUUUCUAUUGUGAAGAUAUAAACCUAAAAACAAAGAUUAUUGCAUGCUAGUUUAUAAUUGCUGUAGAAUAAUAGCAUGGAAAUCUGAAAAUGUUAAGCAGCUUCUCAUGUAGAUGAGUUUUGAUCACUUUUGCAUAUCAGGGUGAAAAAAGGGUGAUAUUCAGGGGCCAGGCCCUGGUGCACCUAAAUGCUCACAUUACAGUGCACAAGGGCCCAGGUUCAAGCCCCUAGCCUCUACAUGUAAGAGGAAAGCUUCACAAGUGGUGAAGCAGUGCUGCAGGUGUCUCCCUCUUGGUUACCCCCCCUCUAAAUUUCUGUCUCUAGCUAAUAAUUUUUUUAAUAGCAUAAAAUGGAGUGUAGGGAGAUAACCAAUGGUUAUGCAAACGUCUUUCAUGCCCGGGGCUCUGAGGUCCCAGGUACAAUCCUAGGCACCACCAUAAAUCAGAGUUGUACAGUGCUCUGGUUCUUGUUUUCUCUAAUGAGUCUUUUAAAUAGUACAGAAUGUUAGCAUUAAAGUGAUAUUUAAGGCCAUCUA